GUCGCGAAAGGCGGCGAGCGGGCCGGGCUGUUUUCUGGCAGACGCUAGCGGCUACGCUUUCCGGCGGACGGAUUGAGUCGGGAGGGAGGCUGGCUGCUGGAGGUGGGAGCCCGUGUCAGCGUGCAGCAGCGGGGUCGUGUUUUGUACCGUGGCGCGUUGGUCGCGACGCGGCCAGCUCGGCUCAGCAUGCCCGGCGUGAAGCUGACCACCCAGGCCUACUGCAAGAUGGUGCUACACGGCGCCAAGUACCCGCACUGCGCCGUCAACGGGCUUCUGGUGGCCGAGAGGCAGAGGCCGCGCAAGGAGCAUCCUCCCGGCGCGGGCAGCCACACUCUCUUCGUGGACUGCAUCCCGCUCUUCCACGGCACGCUGGCUCUGACGCCCAUGCUGGAGGUGGCGCUCACCCUAAUUGACUCGUGGUGCAAAGACAACAGCUAUGUGAUCGCCGGCUAUUACCAAGCUAACGAGCGUGUGAAGGAUGCCAGCCCAAACCAGGUGGCAGAGAAGGUGGCCUCCAGGAUCGCAGAGGGCUUCAGUGACGCUGCACUCAUCAUGGUGGACAAUGCCAAGUUCACGAUGGACUGCGCAGCACCCACCAUCCACGUGUAUGAGCAGCACGAGAACAGGUGGCGGUGCAGAGACCCACACCACGACUACUGUGAGGACUGGCCGGAGGCACAGAGGAUCUCGGCCUCGCUCCUGGACAGCCGCUCCUAUGAGACACUGGUGGAUUUCGAUAAUCACCUGGACGACAUCCGGAGCGACUGGACCAACCCCGAGAUCAACAAAGCAGUCCUGCACCUGUGCUAGACAAGGCCCAGGACUGGAGAGCACGCUGCAGAGAAGACGAAAGCUUAUUUUUAAAUGGAGACGAAUAGUGGGUUAGACCGAAGGCAAGCUGCAAGUCUGAUGUGUGCCUUGGGAGGAAGGGGUGCAGUCGGCGUCCUGCAGGGCAGGGCUGUGGAGAGAGAGCUGAGGGCUGCCUAGGCUUUGGGUUCUCAGUCCUAUACUGCCCGGUCCUGCCCGCCAAAGCUCUCUCUGCUUGUCCCAGGUCAUUCCCAUUAAACAGUUCUAUUUAGCCUUUUAUAAUCCUGA